CACUAUUUUCAAGGGCCUACUGUCCAAUCACCCAUCUAUGUAUUGAUUUUCUUGGGAUAUAUUUGGGAAACAAAGCAAACAGUAAGAUGUGCAACCACCUAACAUUUGCUUCUUACAAAAAAAAUUAUGGCUGAAACUCAAGAAACAGUUUUCAAAUCAGUACAAGAACUAGCAAAUACCAAUCAAGUUCCAGAAAAGUAUUUUUAUGCACAAGGAUCAAUCAAUACCCAUCCUCUUUUGUUGGAUGUGCCACAAGUUGAUCUUAGCCUUCUUACAUCCCCUAACAGACAACAACAGCUCAACAAACUUCAAUCAGGUCUCAAGUCUUGUGGCUGUAUCCAGGUCAUAAAUCAUGGAAUGGAAGAUUCAUUUCUUGACAAAGUGCGUGAAAUAAGCAAAAAGUUCUUUGCUCUUCCAACUGAAGAGAAGCUUAAAUAUGCAAGAACAGUUAAUCAAAUUGAAGGAUACGGAAAUGAUAAAGUUCUUACAGAUAAGCAAAGGCUUGAUUGGUCCGAUAGACUGCAUCUAAAUGUGUUCCCUGAAGAUAUAAGAGAACUCCGCUUCUGGCCACAAAAACCUGAAUGUUUUAGGGAAGUUUUUGAAGAAUAUAUGAAGAAUAUGAAGUUGUUGAGUGAGUCCCUCCUAAAGGCCAUUGCAGCGUCAUUGAACGUGGAGGAGAAUUGCUUUCUGGACCAGUGUGGAGAACGUGGAACGACUACAGCAAGAUUCAACUUCUACCCUCCGUGUCCAAGACCUGAUGUGGUACUCGGAGUCAAACAACAUGCUGAUGCAUCGGCCAUUACCAUCCUGUUGCAAGACAAAGAAGUUGAAGGGCUUCAGGUUCUCAAAGAUGAUCAAUGGUUCAGAGUGCCUGUUGUCCCAUAUGGUUUACUCAUCAAUGUUGGAGAUCAAGUUGAGGUAAUGAUCAAUGGCAUCUUUAAAAGCCCGGUGCACAGGGUGGUGACGAAUGCAGAACGAGAAAGAAACACCCUUGCUGUCUUCAUUAUGCCAGAUGUACAUGUUGGGAUUGGACCAGUAGAGAAGCUUAUCAACGAGGAAAGGCCGAGAGGGUACAAGGACAUUAAGAAUUAUGUUGCUCUCUUCUUCCAAAGCUAUCAGCAGGGGAAAAUACCAAUAGAAGCAGCGAAGAUAAGCCAAUAAUUUCAUUAGCUGAUGUUGGUUCCUUCUUUUCCUCUAUUUGUAUGUUUACUAGUCGUGGUUGCCUGUGCUGCGCACGAGCCCAACAUUAAGAUCUGGACAUGCUCUAAGAAGGGCAAGCUCUUGAAUAUAAGCAAGACAACGGAUUGAUCUAGAACCUAUUGUUAUUCAUUUACGAAAUAUACUAAAUGCAUAAUAUGUACCAAAAAUAGGAGUAAGGUGUGCGUACACCCAACCUCCCUAGACCUCA